AUGGUUUUGACCUGGCUGCUUUUCCUUGGGUCUGCCUUCCCCCUAGGCCUGGCGUCCUGGGUGGUGACCAGCCCUGAAAAUGUUCAGGGUGUCAGUGGCUCCUGCCUGGUCAUCCCCUGCACCUUUAACUUCCCUAGUAAUGUGAAAGCAAACCAAGGCAUCACUGCUAUCUGGUACCGUGACUACGCAAGUGCUGACAAAAAGGUGGUGGUAAGCCAUUCCAAAGACCCAGGGCAGGUGGACAGGAUCUUCCAGGGCCGGGCUGUAUUGUUGGGAAUCCCUGGGAACAAGACCUGCAAUCUGCUCUUGCGGAAUCUCAGCCCUGAAGACAAUGGGGACUAUACCUUUCGAUUUGAGAUCAUUGGGGCAGACAGCUGGUCUGGCAAGAAGAGCACUGCAGUCACGGUUACUGAUAACCCCAACACCCCAACCAUUGCCUCCCCAUCUCCUCUUCGGGAAGACACGCAAGCCAUCUUCACCUGUUCCACCCCCUAUGUGUGUCCUGAGGAGGGGACCCCCCUCUCGUGGCAUGGCCAGGAUCCUGUCCACUCCAACACAAGCCAGCUCCAGGAACUGGAGCCCACCAGCGUCAUGUACCAACAAAGCCUCAGCGUUGCCUUAUCCUGGCGAGACCAUGGUCGGAGUCUGAGUUGCCAGUUCUCUGCUGCAAGGAAGCAGAGCCAGGAGAAGAUCAGCCUUCAGGUGCAGUACGCCCCCAGAGGAGUGGAGGUCUCUCUAAGGCCCUCCAAGAAGAACAUCCACGUGGGGGAUUCCUUUACCCUCACCUGUCACAUCAAUGGGAGCUACCCAAAGCCUACUGCCUUCAGGUGGUUUAAAGAUGGUGUCCUCUAUGAUGCCAAUCAAGAGGUGCUCCAGGUGAGCAAGGUCACAUGGGAGGACCAUGGGCGCUACUCCUGUGAGGUGCAGAAUGUGGUGGGCACCAGGGCAGCUGACCCCCUCACUGUCCCCAUCUUUGAUCCACUGAUCCGAGUGCACCCACCCGGGAUCAUCCAGGAAGGGCAGGCAGUGGCUCUCACCUGCACUCUGCCUGGGGGGGACCAGCAGAACAUCUCCUACAGCUGGUUCAAGAACAACAUGUGGAUGGAGGACUUGGCUGCCGAGACCCUCACAUAUGCCCGAGUCAGCAGUGCCAACACCGGCUUCUACUUCUGUAAGGUGCAGAAUUCAAAGGGCGUCAAGGCCUCCCCGCCUGUUAACCUGGAGGUCACCUAUGCACCAAGGGUCCCUGUGCUCACCUCCUUCCUGGAAACACAGAGGGGUCAGAGAGCCAUCAUCCACUGCUCCGUGGACAGUGAGCCCCCGGCCAACCUGACCCUUCAGCAUGGUGGCCGGGUGCUGGCCUCCUCGAAUUCCCAGGACACACCCAGUCAACGCUUCAGUAUCACAAGCGGCUACAACUCACUGAGGUUGAGUAUUCGAGGACUGGAGGCUGAGGAUGGUGGGGACUACCAGUGUGAGGCCGUCAAUGCCCUUGGGAAGGCCACCUCCAACCAUGACUUCAGAGCUGACACAGCCUGGGUGGGAAUCCACCCCACUGCCGAGGUGGUAGAGGGCGAGGAAGUGACGCUGAGCUGUGUGGCUGCCCAGGGUGCCCAGCCCUAUGCCCUCUAUACCUGGUACCAGAACGGAGAGUGGCUGAAGGAGGGACCCCUUAGCUUCCUCACCUUCCCCAGGGUGCUCAAAGCCAACUCAGGUUCCUACUACUGCCAGGCCCAGGACAGCCUUGGCAGCAUCCGGACCUCACCUCCUGCUGCCCUUACUGUUCACUACCCCCCACGACAACCCACGCUUACUGCCUUGGUUGACACGGAGGCUGGUAGGCUGGGCCUCCUCUUGUGCAGAGUGGAUAGUGACCCACUAGCUGACCUGAGGCUGCUCCGAGGAGACCAGCUUGUGGCCACCUCUCAGGGUGGGUGUGGAUGUGGGCAAAGCCAUCCCCGGGUUCAGGCAGCUUCUGGUCCCAAUUCCCUUCGUGUGGAGAUCCGUGAUGUGGUACUGGAGGAUGAAGGGGAGUACACGUGUGAGGCCACCAAUACCCUUGGCAAUUCCACGGCCUCUGUGGCCUUUGAAGCCCAGACCACCCGCCUGGUUAUCUUUCCAUCAACCACCGUGAAGGAGGGCGAAGAGGCCAAUCUGACCUGUGCCGUGAGCCGAGAGUCAAACAACAGUCAUGCCAAUUUCACCUGGUACCGGGAUGGAGCCCAGUGGGCCCAGGGAUCGCAGGAAGCUGUGGUCCUUCAACAUGUGGCUAGGACAGAUGCUGCUCUUUACUCCUGCCAAGUCAGCACCCAAGUGGGGGAGAGGCACUCCACCCCAGUGGCCCUGCAUGUGGUGUACCCUCCAGAUUCCCCCCAUCUGUCUGCCUUCAUGGACACCACUGGGGGUCGAGUGGCUGUGUUCCUCUGCACUGUCCACAGCAGUCCCCUUGCAUCUAUGUCCCUGUUCCAUGGUGAGGAGCUGAUGGCUUCCAGCCUUGGCUCCAGGGCUUCAGAAGGCAGGCAGCUUCAGGUGGAAACUAGCCUUAACUUCCUGAAGAUGGAAAUCAAGGACCUGAAACUAGGAGAUGCUGGGAACUACAGAUGCCAGGCCACUAAUGCUCAUGGCUCAGCCUCCACUACAAUUUUUUUUCAAGUUCAUGCUGCUUGGGUUCAGGUAUCCCCAUCUUUGGAGGUUCACGAAGGGCAGACGGUGUCCUUGAGCUGCAAAGUGACGGGUGGAGCCCCCGAUGGGACCACCUACAACUGGUACCGGGACAGCCGCCACCUCCCAGAGCCCACCAUUUCCACACUCCACUUUGCCUCCAUCACUGCUGAGCAGGGUGGUGCCUACCACUGUCAGGCCCGGGUCCCUGGGGGUGCUGCCAGUCUCUCCUCCCCUGUCAGCCUGCAUGUAUCCUACCCCCCACGACAGCCUACCCUUACUGCCUUGCUAGAGUUGGAGGCUGGGAGGUUGGGCCUCAUCCUGUGCCAAGUGGACAGUGAUCCCCAGGCCCAGUUGAGGCUGCUGAGGGGCAGCCAGCUCCUGGCCUCCUCCCAGAGCAGGGUUGGAGUCGACUCAUCCCGAGUUACUCGGGCCUUUAAUGUCCUCCGUGUGGAGAUCCCAAAUGUCAUGCUCGAGGAUGAAGGAGAGUACACUUGUGAAGCCAGCAAUGCCCUUGGGAAUGCCACAGCUUCUGUGGCCUUCAGUGCUGAAACUGUUGUAGUCCAAGCAUUGCCCUCUCUGACCAUUCAGGAAGGCCAGGCUGUGAACUUGACUUGUGUGGUCUCUGCUGCCAACUUUACCCAGCUCAACUACACAUGGUACCAGAAUGGACAAUGGGUGGCUGGAGGCCCUGGCUCCUCCUCCAUCUUUCUCCCCAGUGUUUCUGCUGCUGAUGCCACUUCUUACCGUUGUGCUGUGGACACUCAUGAGGCAGGCAGGCGCCUCUCCUCCCCCAAGAGCCUCUCUGUCCUCUACCCACCCCGGGCACUGCGUCUGACAUCUCUGCUGGAGAGCCAGGCAGGACAGCCAGCUGUGUUGUUGUGUACUGUGGACAGCCAACCUCCAGCCACACUGGCUUUGAGUUGGGCUGGUCAACUCCUGGCCUCUUCUUCCAUUGGGCAAGCCAGGAUGGGGGCCUCCUCUAUCCCUAACACCCUUCGUCUUGAGCUCCAGGACCAGAAGACCCUUGGUAGUGGCCUCUACACUUGUUCUGCUAAGAACUUCCUGGGCCAGGCUAAUACAUCCUUGGAGCUGUACCUAGAGGUCACCAGAGUGUCCAUAGCCCCAUCCAGUGAGGUGCCUGAGGGCACACCCGUCAUCCUGACCUGUGAGGAUCCUGCUGCCAAUCCACCUACCAUCUAUACCUGGUAUCACAAUGGCCGCUGGCUACAGGAGGGGCCGACUCAUAUCCUCCAGCUUCCUGGCACCACCAGGGCCCAUGACGCUGGUGCCUACUCCUGCACUGCCCGAGAUGCCCGGGGUGUACGAAGUUCUCAGCCCGCUGCUCUUCACCGUCUAUAUGCUCCUAGAGAUCUGUUGCUCACUUCUUUCUUGGAUACCCGGGCUGGCCGAGUGACUGUGUUGCAGUGCACUGUGGACAGCGAGCCUCCAGCAGAGCUGACCCUGUCCCGAGAUGGUGAACUGGUGGCUUCGGGCCAGAGUACCUUUGGGUCACUGGUGGGGAGAAGUCGUGUCCAUGCUACCCAUAACACCCUUCGGCUGGAGCUGUGGGACAUCAGCAUGGAGGAUGAGGGAGACUACCUCUGCUCUGCCUGGAAUGCUUUAGGCUCCGUCAGUAUCACUGGACAGUUGUGGGGAGAAGGUCUUCGCAUCACAGUGGAGCCAGGCUUGGAGAUUCAUGAAGGAGACUUCCUCAACAUGAGCUGCCUGCUGACCAGCCAGGCCCAGGAGAACACCACCUACACAUGGUCCUGGAAUUCUAGAUGGCUGCAAGAGGGGCCUGAGCCUACACUCAUAUUUUCCCAGGUGGUCCGUGAGCAGGCUGGGGUGUACCAGUGUCAUGCUGAAGGGUCUUUGGGCAGUGCCUCCUCAGCCCCUGUCAGCCUCAAAGUGCUAUAUGCACCACGGACACCUGAUAUGAUCUCCUUUCUAGAGCCAGAGAAUGGUCUUUGGGGUAUCCUGCACUGUCACGUGGAUAGUGAGCCCCGGUCUGAGCUGACCCUUUAUCAUGGAAGCCAUUUUAUUGCUUCAACCCGAUCUGGAAGCCGUCAUUAUCCCCACAUUCAAGUAUCAACCUCCUACAACACUCUGAGGGUGGAUAUCCAGGAUAUGAAUGCCAAAGACCAGGGAGAGUAUGUGUGCUUGGCAUCCAAUGCCCUUGGCACUGCUUCUUCUUCUGUGUACUUUGGAACAAGAGUUCUUGAUGCCUUGAGCCUGUAUCAGCUGCUCUUCAUCAUCUUCAUGGUGUUGUCUUGCUGCCUAUUGCUGCUCUUGGGUCUGGGGGCCAUUUACAUCUGGAACAGGAAAAACCUCUUCUAUAAAUUGAAUCCAGAUGAGAACCUGGUAGAGAUGGCUUCCCAGAAAGAGAAACCCCAGGUGGAAGAAAUAGAAAUCAGGGAACCUGAAGACCUUGCCAAGGAAUCAGAAGUAGAUCUCACUAGGUCCAGUGAUAAUGUCCUGAUGAAUUCUGGCUUCACCAGACCAGAUCUGGAUACCUUCCUCUAAAUUUCCAACUUCCAGAGCAUCCUGGGAAAUGAAACCCCAGGAGGUCAAUGGAAGCCUUUGAGAACUCUACAUGCUUUUAGCUUCCUGUCCUCACAUCUCUUCUUUUUCUCCUUGGUAAGAUGGAAAACUAGGAGUUGUGUUUUGGGGUUUGUCCCCUGAGGUAAACCUAUCAGC